GAUUCAUAUUAAAAGCAAACAAAACAUUUUUAGUUGAAAUAAAUGUGAAAUUAAUAGAAAUUCAAUUAUUUUUGUUGUGUAUAUUAUUUUGUAAUUUAAUUGUAUGUAAAUGUAAUCAAUUUAAUUAUCCAUUUAAUUGGUUUAACAUAUAAUUGUGCGCUUAAUAUAUACGGAUCACUCGAAUUGAUCCGCAGACCAAACACACAGACACAAUGUCGAAGAAUAAUUGCCACAAGAAUUGCUGCGAUAACGACAGCGACAGCGAUUGUGAUGGUCUGUCGGCGCACCAGCUGUUCGGCACCGGAGAUGGACUCACCUAUAAUGAUUUCUUAGUACUUCCCGGAUAUAUAGACUUCAGCGCCGAAGAUGUGGAUCUGACCACAAAUCUCACAAAACGCAUUCAACUCCGAGUGCCACUCGUGUCUUCACCCAUGGAUACCGUAACCGAAUCGGAAAUGGCUAUCGCUAUGGCGGUCAGUAUAUGGUGUCCAUUGAGACCA